AUGAUUAAACUGACUGACAUAGCUGAGAUUAUCAUUAAAAAUUUGAGUUCUGUUUUGUAUCCCAUAGUCACUAAUACUCCACCAGUGAUUGAAGCUAGAGAUACUUUUAUGAUAACAGUAGGAGAGAAAGCAUUAUACACACUACGUAUCACAGACCCUGGAGACACUAUCAGUGUUACUAUUGAAUUUGAUGGAGGGUUUCCAUACACACUUGAUCAAAAUGGAUCAAUAUGGACACUUAAUGUAACACUGUCUUCUUUAGUGGAGUUCAAUUUUACUGUGAUAGCUGCCGACUCAUUCAAUGCAACAUCAAAAAUAACUCCACAAGUGAUAAUUUGUAGCUGUACAAGUGAUAGAGGUAAUUGUACUAUUGAUGAAUAUGAGAACAACACCAGCAAUCCAUUGAUACUGAUGUGUGAUUGUAUGAAAGCAUAUGAAGGAGAAUAUUGUGAGGAUGAUUUUGAUGGUUGUACUGAAGUAUCAUGCUUCAAUGAUGCUACAUGUACUGAUGUACCAGCACCUGGAACUGGUGCCACUUGCCCACCUUGUCCUAGUGGAUACACUGGAGAUGGAAUUAUUUGUCAUAGAAGUGUUUCGUAUCAAACUUUCAGUUCAGACAACCCAUUAGCUAAUGAUGUAUUCAAUGAUGUUAACAGUUUCAUUCGAACAAGUAAAAAUAUUACAUCAUACAAAGGAAUGUGGAUGCUAGUUAUGGAGUGGAAAGAUGUUCAUCCUUACCCUCAUGGAUCAUACUAUUAUUAUUACUAUUAUUAUUAUAACCAAAUUCUUGAAAAACACAACACAUUUCAAGCUAUUCUUACAACAGAUGGUUCUGAUACUCAUAUCAUAUACACAUACAAAUGUGGUGAUAUAAUGUGGGACAAUUACUACUCAAGGUCUGUUGUUGGAUAUAAUAUUGCUAGAGGACGCUAUGAGAAUCAUCGUGGAUCAGGAAUACCUGGAGAACUAUUGAAAUUAGGUUGCUAUGAUGAUAUGAAUAAAGCAGCAAAAUACACUAAUAUUGUAUACUCAUUCCAAUCUGAUAAGAAAGAUCCCAAUGUGGCCAUUUGUCUAGAGAGAUAUAGAAAUGAUUUAGAGCUUUCAGCAAUUUCAUCAUCUUUUGCAAUUCCUUGUCCUUGCUCAGCAUGUUUUACUUUUCCUUCUUGGGGAGCUCUGCUAGUCAAUGGUCCUUACUCCUCUCAUGUCUUCCGAUACAAUCCAUUUUUUAAUUAUUUGAACUAUGCAAAAUAUGAUGAAGAAUUUUACUCAAAAUGUUGCACCAGGACUCAGAACUGUGAGCUAUUUAGAGAACGACGACCAAUCAAGACAUGUGCUGGCUACAUACCACCAAGGAGAACCUGGUUCUGGGGCGAUCCUCACAUUAAUACUCUUGAUGGUGCCACAUAUACUUUCAAUGGACUUGGGGAAUAUGUUCUGUUGCGUACCAUUAAUGCUGAUUUUGAAAUACAAGCACGGCAAGUCCAAAGUGAUCAAGAAAGCCUGUUUACUUAUGCUCCUGAAAGGACAUAUGCAAGUUACUCCAAUCCAAACCAUGUUCCAGUAUUUCUUGAUCAAAUUGAUCCUGAAACUAGAGCAGAAGCUGAGAGAAUAUGUGGAGGGUCUAAUAAGAUUGAGUGCAUUUUUGAUUACAGUCAAACAAAGAAUGAAGAAUUAGCAUUAGACACUCAGACAACAAUGGAACAAAAUGAACUUAACAAGCAAAUAGGAAAUAACUUACCUCCAGUAAUUGAAGCUAGUGAUACUUUCAUGCUAACAGUAGGAGAAACUGCACUAUACACAACAAAUAUCACAGACCCUGGAGACACUAUCAGUGUUACUUUUGAUGGAGAGUUUCCAUACACACUUGAUCAAGAUGGAUCAAUAUGGACACUUAAUGUAACACAUUUUUCUCUUGUCGAAUUCUCAUUUACUGUGAUAGCAAGUGACUCAUUCAAUGCCACAUCAGUAUUAACUCCUCAAGUGAGAAUUUGUGGCUGUCCUGCUGAUAGAGGUAGCUGUACUGUUGAAGGUGUGCAGAAUGCUUCCAGUAACCCGUUGAUUUUAAUAUGCAAUUGUAUCGAAGCAUACAAUGGAAAGUACUGUGAGGAUGACUAUGAUGGUUGUACUGAAGUAUCAUGCUUCAAUGAUGCUACAUGUACUGAUGUACCAGCACCUGGAACUGGUGCCACUUGCCCACCUUGUCCUAGUGGAUACACUGGAGAUGGAUUAAUAUGUGAUGAUAUUGAUGAAUGUAAUUCAACUAGUACCAGCAAUUGUUCUCAUUUCUGUAACAAUACUAUUGGCAGUUAUCAGUGUACAUGUAUGCCUGGAUAUGAACUUCAUAGUGAUGGGAGAUCAUGCAAUGAAAUUAAUGAGUGUGAGAAGCUACUUGAUAAUUGCCAGCAAGAAUGCAUGAAUACUGAUGGAUCCUUCAGUUGUAGUUGUUAUGAUGGGUUCUUACUACAAGAUGAUGGUCGUAGUUGUCAGAAUGAUCCCAACAGAGAAUGUUUAGAUCAUAGCAUGUGUGAGCAGUUUUGUGUUUAUGAUAAUUACACUAAGACUAAAAAUUGUUCGUGUCAAAGUGGGUAUGAUUUAUCAACUAACAUGGCAAACUGCACAGAUAUUGAUGAGUGCUCAGAGACUAAUCCUUGUACUCAGAUUUGUAUCAACACCAUAGGAAGCUUUGAGUGUAACUGCUCAGAUGGAUUUCAACUCCAGUCUGAUGGGUUUACUUGUACAGAUAUUGAUGAGUGUCUGGUGCUAGGCUCUUGUCCAGAGCCUAGGAUAAGAUGUGUGAAUAGUCCUGGAAGUUUUGACUGCUUCUGUCCAUUAGGAACAAUCUUUCAGGAUGGAUCAUGCAAAGUUCUGGUGGAACCCGUUCCUUCCUUAUCUGCAAGUUCAAAGUCCUCUGCAUAUUCAUCAACUGUUAAUUCAUCUCCUGUUAUGUCUACAUAUUUUGGCAGUUUUACAAAUUCACCUUCUUCCUUACUGGCAGUUUCGUCACCAUCAGUUACUCCUACUCCUACUCUUCCAGAAAAUUCAGGAGUCAUUGUUGUUUUAAGUGGAACCAACAAAAGCAAUUUUGAUAUUGAGAGUUUUAAAAAUGUAACUGCAGAAGCUUUGAAUGAUUAUUGUAUUACCAAUGACUGUACUAGUGUUUCUUCUGAAAAAAGAAAAAGGGUAGCAGUAAAUAAUUUGAUAGAAGCUAAUGACAUUGUUAUUACUGAAAUCACUGAAACAAUUAAUGGACUAAGAGUCAAGUUUUACAUCAAAGGACAAUCUGGAGCUCCUUUUGAUGCCAAUGCAGUAGUUGCAGCUCUAAAGGCAGCUGAUUCAAAAUAUUCUAGUGCUGGGUUCACAAUUGCUGGUGUUACAAUACUAAAUUCACAUUCAUCUACUAUUGUUGUGACAACUACUGCUUCAGUAACUCCUAUACCUGUUGUACAAAUAAUAGGAAUAACAAUAGUUGUUGUAAUCGGGAUCUUAAUCAUAAUGAUAAUAAUAAUCAGCAUUUUAUGGUUCAUACGUCAAAGUGAUAAGAAAAAAAGCCAAGGUGAUAGCUCUGGUGUUAUUCUUGAGAAAGAAUUGAAUAAAGAAGAUAAGGAAACUAUCCUCUAAUGUUACUAUUAACCUAAUUAUUUAACCUGCAGAAUGUACUGAGAAUCUAACUAAUAGUUUAAUUUCAUGUAGUUUGCCAUUGUUAGUUUUUAGGGUAUUUUGUGUUCCAGAAGUGUGUCAAAAUUAUAUAGAUGUAGCUUUGCAAUAAUUUGCUACCCUGCUCGCUAAUGCAACUUAUUAACAAUGACGACAGCUUUUAUUGUAACUUUCAGU